CAUCAUCGUACCAACUUAUCGCAUUGACAGGAUAGAGCUAUUGAGGGCUCCUCUCUGUUUCUAAAUCCCUCAAAUCCUCGAUGCAGGCACUCUCUGGCCAAACCAACGCGGACGACGAUGUCUCAGCGCUGUCCCAGCUGUCUUCUGCCGAUGGUAUAGAUGCUGAGAUUAAUGCUCUCACCACUCAGAUUCAAGCGCUGUCCAGUCGACUCACAUCCCUACGCGCUGUGCGAAACGAUCGUGCUCUGAUCUCGAGGCUUCCGUACGAAACGAUGACAGCGAUAUUUCGCGCCAUCGACGAUCGUCCCCGUAUUAUCCACAAUCAGGGAAGGGCCGUCGGUAGACCUUGGUUGGGAUGGAUAUACGUGAGCCAUGUCUGUCGAAUGUGGAGAGAUAUCGCAGUGCGCCACUCCUUGUUGUGGUCGGACAUCUCCUUUGUUCUUGGACCAGAGUGGACCAAAGUAAUGUUCGAGCGCUCGCAAACUGCUCCUGUCAAUAUCGACUACUCAAUCGUAUUCCUUCAUCCUAUAUUACUCGACAAAGCUACACUAAAUGCUCACAUGCAUCACGUGCGCCAGCUUUCUCUGGUCGUACCACUCCACCCCGCGGGCGUCUCCCAUGUACGAGACCUUUUGCUGGUGGUAUCCUCCGCCGCGCACUGUUUAGAGACUCUAAGUCUGAAGAUGAGACCAAUAGACAUUCCCCCAGCGGACUUUGCUACUCCUUCCGGGAUACCUAUUUGGUCGGCGGGGAGCUUCCCUCGAUUGCGCCAACUGGAGCUUCACGAUUUCCUCAUUCACUGGGGAUACGAAUCGGCGUUCCCCUUUCGAUCCCUGCUUACCUUGAAGCUCGGGGUAUCUCUUCACCGCGGUGCCAAUCUGCACUCGGCAUAUCUACCCACCUUGCCCACCUUGCUCACGGUCCUUGACCAAAUGUCGGAACUUCGAGUGCUUCAUCUCAACCACAUCCUUCCCUCGAUACCACUCCAGAACAUUCAUCUAUCACCUCCCCCUCAAAUCGUAUCCCUUCCCCACCUGAUCGAGCUAUAUAUUUCCGGAAAAGCGCACGAGUGCGCCGAUGUUCGUCGCUGCCUAGAGGUCCCCAUCAGUACAAUGAUCCAAUCCUUCAAUGUCACCUCUCAAUAUGACACUAGAGAGGACCUUCUCAUGAUGUCGCCCUUCGUCCACUCUUUUGUGAGUGCCUCCAUCGAAUCUUGCACGAGACUCGCCCUCGAAGACUUAGGCCAAAACAUCACGUUUAUGAUCCACAUGCCCUCCGUCCCACCUGUACCCCCUCAACUUGAGUUUCGAUGUAGUUUCACUAAUGGAAGACAUUCUACCGAAGACAAUAUUGUCCCAUCGCUUCUCGGGCACUGUUCAUUUGACCAUUUGACGACACUCUCCAUUCGCAGUCAUAUGCAGACGGUCCUUCACUGGACAAGGGUCUUUAACGAGUUCAAGGCCAUCAAAGAUCUGACAAUUGCCACCGCUCCUUCGUCCAUCAACAGUGUGCUGUCACCGCCCACCAUCAACAAUUUCUUCGACGCCCUAGCCAUUGGCACUGCUACCCGUGCCUCCGAGGCUGAUUCUGCCAUGAUGGAGGCCGAACCCCAUCAGCGCGAUUCCCAUCUACUUUUCCCAGCACUUAUAGUCGUGAGAGUCUUCGGCAUCGACCUCACACAUACGGAGUCGGACGAUUCCCUGAGGCGGGGACUGCUUGCAGCCCUCGAGUGUCGACAACAAUCCGCGUCUCCGAUUCAGAGCAUGCAGUUCAGGUUUUGCACGCUCUCGUCCGGGCUACUACAAAGUCUUCGCGAGAUUGUACCGGACGUUGUUGUACAUCCUGAGAAUCGAUCCUGA